AUGAACAGCGCAGACAUGGCCAGAGAUACUCAUAUAGCGGAGAGGCAGUCGCUCUCGACGGAAGAGGAGCCGGAUGUGCCACUCGGGGCCAUGGUCGGCAUAGCGCUUGGGUCAGCAUUUGUGCUCUUCCUGAUUCUCGGCUUCGGCCUCGUCUGGCUUGGAAAGAGAAGGGCUGUGAAGCGCCGCAAUUCUCUCCAGGCCCGGGGACUGGUUUUGGAAGAGGACGUGGACGAGGAACGAGUGGGUAGCCCUAACAAGUUGCGAAAGCGCGACAUGCCCGAGAACAUGCUGAGUGAUCGUUCGCCAUCACCGAUCCACAGAAUACCACUACCAGUCCUUCCACCCAUCACUUCGCGCCGGGCUUCGUUUGUUAACUUUUUCGGGGGUGUGAGUGUCGGGAGUAAAAGGGUAGCUGGUGACGCGGGAGGCAGUCCAAGGAGACGAAACUCGAGCUGGAUAGAUGAGGAUGCCAUCCACGGACCAAAGGUCAAGAUGCACAAGGACACCAGCGGAAAGAAAUGGAUACGGGACUCUUGGCCCCUCAAGACCAUGGUACCGACUUUGCCCAAGCUGCAUCACCACACGGAAAGCCAUCAUAGUCAACAAGGCGAGCAGAUGUUUGUUGAUAACGGCGCGGUGAGGAGCCUACCACAGCCCCCUCGAUCGCACGGGUAUGGAGCGCAACGACAAGAAGGCCAGGACUCCCCCCUACGACUGAAAAACUGCCACGAAGAUGGCAGGCAUGACGGGAAUCACAGACGGCCGUCGACGGCACGAGGGCGACAAUCAUCCACCGACUCGACUCUAUCGCAAAUAUUGGCCCAAACGGAAAUGCGCCUGGAGCAAGGGACCAUUACGGGUGUUGCACGAAGAAACCGGGCGGGUGCAUCGCCGGUCAAGAGGCGGAACACCAGCACAAGUAGGAGCACGGAAAGCAUCGGCAAGCGCGGCCUGCCAGGGGGUGAUGAUGUCCAUGAUCACAGGGGCCAGCACAAAGACGAUCGCAGUCGCACACCAAGUCCGACCAAGUCUGGCAAGUCGCAGCCGUCAACGCCUUGCCAUGCCCACGACAGCAAGGACUCUGUUUCGUCCGUCAUGACAGAGUCAGAGAGCAUGCAUAACCUCGCGGCAUUUGCCGAUGCAGAUGACGCGGAUGCCAUGGCUGGUCUACCCAGGGGUAUCUCGAGCCCUAGCAGGAGUCUAUCCCGUCAAGAAAUUCGAGCUCAGAUGUCCUCUUCGCCCAGCAGCAUUUCAUCAUCGCUGUCUACAGUAUACAGCGAGGAUGAGAGCAGCAGUAAUGACAACAUUACCCAGAUCACCAGUCACCCAUCAACCAGCAUUUCGGACGUGAACCAGAUUACAGCAUCUGACCCUUUCUCCUUGGAUAAUUACACCUCAAAGAUCGGCCAGAAAGCCGCAUGCAGUCCAGAAAAAUUGCGGGUUGGGAACGCAAGAGUGGCUUCUGUUGGGCCGCCCAAGUUGGUGCUUAACCGACCGCCGAGGCUUCCAUCACCAAGCUCCUCGUCGCCUGAUAAGGGCGGUGACGGCAUGCCUCUGUCGAGCAUCUCACCCAACGGAAGCCCUAGACCCAAGAGUACUGGCAGUCAAUCAUCCAAGGGGUUGCCAUUGGAAAACGUCUACGUCACACCAGCACGCCAUAGAACCAGCAUUUUCCCAGCGCCAACGCUUCGGAAAGUGUCGCCAGUGAGCAGUGAUAAAGACGAAGCUGCUACGCCGCCAAAGCCAACUGUAGUGAUCACCAGCCCAAGCACCAUGAACUCCAGGCAGUCAUUGUUCAGCACAAGCAUGUUCAGCGAUAGCGACAUUGACUGCCCUUCAGCCGGCCGUGUUAAAGUUGUUCCACCUCCUCUGGAACUCAGAAUCGAGAAUCUCGACAGGACAUGGUCGCCAACUCUGGGCUUCGAAGAGGAUGACUACGUAUCCAUCGUAACACCCAGUCCCCAGCCCAGCCCCAGCAUUCCCUCUCCAUCACAUAUUACCAGACCCACCGCUGGAGACUUUGCAACCGAGGUGCGUGGACACAGGGGUAACCGGGCCCUCUCCACCGCCUCUUCAAUAUAUUCACAGUAUACAGACGUCGUCAAUCUUGAAAGAGCUGCUUAUCAGUACCAGCCAGCCCAACCACCACUUCCAGAGGUUGUAAGGAUACGAGAGGGGAGUCCAUUCGAGGAGAAGGAUACGGUUAAGGUUACAAAGCGACAUGUUGAGCCAUCACCGCUUAGUUCUUGCAUGCCUACACGAUCAAGCGUUUUGUUGGGUGAGCAAGCUGCCAGCCCGACAGGGGCAAACAAAAAGUUCCUCAUGACGAGUGCCAUUGCAGAGCUGAGGCGUAUGAACAGCCAGGUGAGCGCGUACAGCAACUCAUCAUCGCAGCCAUCGACCGUGGCCAAAAAUGGCCCUGCGAGCCCGACGCUGCCCCAACUCAGGGGUGGCGGCUUUCGCCCAUCGGCAAGACCGGUCGGGUCGAGAAACUACCUGUCGCUGGGAGAAGCUGUGGCCAGCGGUGAAGAAACGGAGGCGGCGCCGCAGAACGCGCAGUCGUCAUCACCACCACAGUCGCCACCCAGCAGUGCAUUAACACCGCGUGGAUGUGCCAUGUCAAUCUGGGGUGGUUGUGAUGAACGGCAGUCGUCUUGUUCGCCGCCAGCCCAACCGUCGCCAGUUGAGGAUACGGACGACCAGCUGAUGCAGCUCAAGAUGCCCAAGCUAGAUUUCGACAGGCUGUCGGGCAGCUUUCGGGCAGCGGUUUCGGGGCGCUUUCUCAACGACCUUGGCAACCUGGAGAAGCGUGGCAGCGGACACGAGGAGAAUGACACACCCUCCAGGUUUCCAGUGGGAUACCAGUGGAACAUGCAUGCAAGGAGUGCGAACAUGGCAGCCAUGGAUGGGGUUGAUGUUAGCCCGGACAGGAGAAGUGUUGAUAGUCUGGGGCUGUAUGACCAGGACGGGUUUCUCAUCGCAUCCCCGGACCGGGCUCGUAUGCCGAUUCCAGGGAGGACUCGAGGGCUGAGGAUAUAA